CUCAAGUUGUUUAAAUAAAUCGAACUCAAAACCAAAACUUUUGAGAAUUAAUUUUCUAAAAAAGUGGGCGCAAGCAGUGUAGAUGUUGGAAAAACAAUGAUAAAACUAAACAUUUUUAUGCUCGUGUUUUGGGUGUGUAAAAUUUGGCAAUGUAACGGGUCAUCCGAAAAAUGUGUUAAUUUAGAAAAUGACAAGAUAUGCUUAAACUGGAAAAUACAAGGUUUUUGUCAAAAAGGGCCAUUUAAAAACAGAGUACUGAAGACUUGCCAAAAAACUUGUGGUUUAUGUGUAAAAAAAAAUUUAACUACUGCAACAUCUACAACUCAAAAAACAACACUUGUUAGUUCUACAGCAAUUCCUGAUGAAAAAGCUAUACAGCCAAGCUGUGGCACAAAAGGAAUAAGUCAUUCAAGAAUUGUUGGUGGAAAAAAUGCCAAAGAAGGAGAUUGGCCGUGGCAAGUAAACAUUGAUUACCGUUAUAACACAGGUAAUCCUGGUCAUCACUGUGGUGGUACACUGAUAAAUGAGGAAUGGGUAUUAAGUGCAGCACAUUGCUUUUAUGACAAUCCAGACAAAAAUGAUUAUUGGUUAAAGCUAGGUGAACACGAUAUAAAAAAAGACAAUGGCUGGGAACAGUUAUACAGUAUUAAAGAACUACUACUUCAUCCUCAGUAUGAACAUAAUGGUUUCCAUUACGAUUUAGCACUGUUAAGACUUAAUUCUACUGCAAAGCUAAACAACCGUGUACGAACAGCAUGUUUACCUGGACCGCAACUUACAUUUCCUAUUGGUACAGAAUGUUUUAUUACUGGAUGGGGAUUAUUACAAGAAUACGGCGAUGCACCAGCGAUUUUGCAACAAGCUAAAGUUCCGUUGAUCAACCAAAAUAAAUGUAUUGUGGCAUUUAACCAAUUAAACUUUAAUGUAACUCAGGAAAUGCUAUGUGCUGGAUACGAUACUGGAAAGAUUGAUGCUUGCGCUGGAGAUUCCGGUGGUCCUCUGGUCUGUAAAGUUUCCGAUUUGAAGAAAAAAACAGAUAUAUGGUAUUUAUGGGGAACAAUAUCAUGGGGCGUUGGGUGCGCAAGGAAAGGCUUAUAUGGUGUAUUUUCUAAUACAAAAGUAUUGCGGUCAUGGAUUGAUUCUGUUGUUAAUAAAAAGUACUAGACUGAAAAAGAUUUUAUCGUUACCUUAA